CUCGUCGUUUGUAUUACGCAACAGACGCGUGCCGGGAAUUCUCAUUCGCACUGUGCCCCCUACUGGUGCUCCUCCUGUGUGUGCUUACUACGAAUUUCUGGGAUACGCACAAAAUUUGUGUGUGGCCCCAGUGAUUUUUUACAUAUAGUCAGGUUCCCGCGGGAGGGCGGCUAAUUCAUUUUUUUUUAUAAAAGAUUUGUUUGGCAGGGAAAAAGAACGUAUAGAAGAGAAUAAGUUGGAGAAGAGUGGAAGAGAAAAAAUCAAUAUAAAUUCUCAGUGUCGCUGAACUUGUGAGAAUGUAUAUGCGCGAUGUUUGUUGAGCCAUGUGGCCGGUUGAAGAGUGUUUGCUGUAAUGGCGUUUUUGCUGACGGAUGAGAAUCACUGUGGCGCGCGAUCCGGACUCUCCCAGUCCAUUCACCCUCUUCGCGGCGCGAAUCAUCCCGCCAUCCUCCAGCACGAUCUUGCACCAGUCCUGGCCACUGGGUCAGGCCGCGACGUGCGCCAAUAUAAAGGCACCGCCACAGCUCCAUUCGAAGUAGUUUGCUUAGGAGCACCGACAAAAUAGGAUCGAUCUGCUCAGUAGUUUCAUUCGCGAUUAUGGGCCUUGCUGGAUUUUUCACAAAAGUGGCUUUCACCCUCAUGCUAAUGGCCACACAUCACCCACCUGCCUUUACACGGGGACUCCUCUAUCCGCGUGAUUCGGAAACAAGGGAGGUACGAUGCCUCGAUGGGAUGUGGAAUUUCAUUGCAUCCGAUCCGCGGCAUCCUGCCAAGGGAAUUGAAGAGAAAUGGUACGAGAGGGAUCUCAGCAAAGCAGGACCAACAAUCCCAAUGCCCGUUCCUGCGAGCUACAACGAUGUUACAACCAAUUCUUCCCUGAGAGAUCACAUUGGAACAGUGUGGUACGAUAGGAGAUUCUUCGUGCCGCAAUCUUGGAUUGAUAAAACGGUGUGGAUUCGCUUUUCCAGCGUUCACUAUGAAGCCAUUGUGUGGAUCAAUGGCAAUCGAGCACUUAGGCAUGAAGUCGGCCAUUUGCCAUUUGAAGCCGACAUUACGAGCUUCCUAAAUUACGGACAAGAGAACCGCGUAACAGUUCUCGUAGACAACGUUCUGAUCCAGACAACUGUACCCCAGGGAAAUGUCCUGGAAAUGCCAACAGAUUUCGGCAUGACUCUCGUACAGCAGUAUACAUUUGACUUCUUCAACUACGCCGGGAUUCAUCGAUCAGUUCACCUGUAUACAACAUCAAAGAUUCACAUUGAAGAUGUGAUUGUGUCGACUGAUAUUGAUGAAGAAACAGGCAUUAUAAACUACAAAAUUAUGGCAAAUGAUACAGAUGAUGAUAGUUUGGUUGCCUUUGUUCAGAUCUGCGAUGCAGAUGAUAAUGUUGUUGCAACAAACACCACACCUGUUAAUGAACAGGCUUCAAUAGAGAUACGAAACGUUAAGCCAUGGUGGCCUUAUUUGAUGCAUCCUCAACCAGGUUAUCUCUACAAAAUGGAAGUCUUCCUUUCAACGUCAACGGAGAAGAAUAUUGAUAUCUACCGACUGAAAGUUGGUAUAAGGACAAUUAGUUGGAAUACAACUUCCUUUCACAUUAAUGGGAAACCAAUGUAUCUGCGAGGGUUUGGACGACAUGAGGACUCUGAUAUCCGCGGUAAAGGUUUGGAUUUGGCUCUCCUAACACGGGAUUACGACCUCCUUCAUUGGAUCGGUGCCAAUGCCUACCGCACCUCCCACUACCCAUACUCUGAGGAAGCAAUGGAGUUUGCAGAUGAAGCUGGUAUCAUGAUAAUCGAUGAAUGCCCAAGUGUGGAUACAACAAACUUCAACGAAGCUCUCCUUACAAAGCACAAAUCAUCCAUUGAACAACUUAUCCAUCGCGACAAGAAUCACCCAAGUGUCAUUAUGUGGUCCAUUGCAAAUGAGCCCCGUACCGCAGAGCUCAGUGCCGAUAGCUACUUUGAGAAUGUGGCCAAAUUCACGAGGAUGCUGGACCCAACGCGUCCUGUAAGUGCUGCAAUUGCAGUUCCCCUUCAGAACGAUCGAGCUGCCAAGCAUAUGGACAUCCUCAUGUUCAAUCGCUACAACGGAUGGUAUUCAAAUCCAGGAGAACUCAAUAUGAUUUCCAGUCGAGUAAUUGAGGAAGCCACAGCAUGGCAUAUGAAGCACCAAAAACCAGUAAUUAUGUCUGAAUAUGGAGCAGAUACCGUGGAAGGACUCCAUCUGCUACCGCCUUUUGUAUGGACUGAAGACUAUCAAGUUGAAUUGUUUUCCCGCCACUUUAAAGCUUUCGAUGUACUGCGAUCUCGCGGAUUUUUCGUAGGAGAAUUUAUUUGGAACUUUGCUGACUUCAAAACUGCCCAGACGGUUACGCGCGUUGGUGGGAACAAAAAGGGCGUGUUUACGCGAAGUCGUCAACCAAAGGCAGUAGCCCAUCAUGUCCGGAGGCGCUACUUUAAGUUAGCUAACGACUUAGAUAAUGCUCCCGUUCCCGAGGAUCUCUUCCCCUACCUCAGUGACUCCGGAUCAUCGUGCAAAUUUGGGCGAGAUGAACUAUAAAAACCAGCCACCCCUUUAAUCGCGAAUGAAGUAUUGCGUGAUCUGUAUUUUCUAAUCUUAGUAGAAUCAUGUACUUAUGCCAUUUUGAAAUAGGUAAAAUAUAAGUUUUGAUAAUUGCUAUGCCUUUCAAA